AUGGAUGAGGAAAGUGAAAGGUUAUCGUUUCUUUUCUCCAAACUCUGCGAGAAAUCCUUCAAAAAUGAAGCUAACAUAGGAUGGGAUAUUUACAGGCGUCCACGUUACACGGAUAAAAGGCAAAAGGCUUUAAAAGUUUGCCUCUACGAGACCCUUUUCGAAGAACUUCGAGCUCCUUGGAUUAGUGAAUUAGUUCGCACUGGCGAUAAAGCUGAGAAGAAAGAUGAUUUACGAUUCAAUAUUUAUGAUAAACUGUCGAUCGCUGCAUUCAAAUUGAGGAUAGCUAGGAGGUUUGAUGAUGCGGAGAAAUUGGAUCAUUUCGUUUGUCAGUGGAGGAAUUUGCAAGGUAGGUUUAAAAUUUUAAGUCUAAUAUACGAUGUGUGUCCGUAGAUAUAUUUCGAUAUCUACGGAGAAAAUUGUGAUCGAGGAAGCAUAAGCUUAUGUUUUGCCCGUAUGAUUAUAUUAGCUGCAGAGGAAACUACUCAGAUAUGAAGAGACUGCAAACAUUUCCCAUAACUGUUUUUAAUUAUUGUUAGCACGUACACUGUAUGUACAACCAUGCAAUUGAAUGGAAUGCAACAAAUUGCUGCGCUUUGCUAUUGAGCUCCUUGAUAUUGGCAUUAAAUGCUAUUUUAUUAAGUGUGCACAGCAGGCCUUCAUGAUUUCAGUGAAGCUGAACUGACAGGAAAAUCCGAAUGAUUUUGAAGGUUCACCUGCAGUAAAUUAGCAACUAACCCAGGGGGAAUGUACACACAUGUGGCAUUAUUAUUAUUGGUGCAUGCCAAAGAAAAUUCAAUAAGUUCCAGCACUAUGAGUCACAUAACAAGUGGGUGCAAGUCCCUUAUUUACUUCAUUAAAAAAGUACUGUGAGACAUGUAAGCAACAAAUUAUUUUAGAUUUGGGUAUUUUACAAAAUUUUGAAUAUUCAAACAUUAAAACAAUGAUCCCUAUGCAUUUAACAUAGGGUUAGGUCUCAGAGGUCCAUAGCUGCUUGUGUGCAUCCCCUGUUUCUGUGGCUUGACACAACUAAGAGUUUGUGCACUCUCUCAGGAUGGAUGCCAUUCAUUUCUGGUUAUGCAGUCAAUCAAGCCUCAACAUUUCCCCCCUCCCUGGCAACCCCCUGGGAAUUUGAACUUUUGGAGAUUGGUUUGUACUAGUUCCUGCCCCUAAGGCAAAAAUUGUGUUUAAAUGCCCACCCUAAGGCAAAAUCAGCAAUUAUAACUUUGAAUGCAUUGACCUAGCCUUAAAACAUGAACUUCACACACCCCUUUCAAAUUUCCUGUCAAAUGCUUGUAUUUUCCCUUGUAAUAGAGGUUCAAAUUGAGCAGCACAUUACCCCCCCCCCCCCAGCAUUUCACUAGGCUUCCAUGAUAGUGGACUGGUACCCAUUUAUACUUCAAGGUAGUGCAAGGCAUUGUGAAGUGAAGUUAAAAUGAAGUGUUCUUGGCUAAGAAGACAACACAAUAACAUACUUUGUACUUGACCUACCCCAUGAUAUGCCAUCCAGCAUGCUAUCACGUAACAUUUACUUUGCAUUUCCCAUCUUGUUAAAUUCACUGUGCAAAGUUUUGUUUUCUAACAGAGCUCUCAAGCAGUGCCAUUAAAUUUAACAGCACAAAAGAGACAAAUGCAACAGAGAAGGAAGCUGUGUUGAGAUUUCUUGUUGCAUUGACGGGAACAGGGCAUUAUGGACCAACAUCAGUGCUGGGUUAUCAGGAUGACGUCUGGGCCAGAGGACUUAAUCAGGUGAAGAAGCCAUAAAAUUGAUUGGAAGAUUAACCCUUUAACCCCCUGAGAGUGACAAACUUCUAUUUUCUCCUUACAAUGUCACCCUUGAAUCAAACAUUAAGAUCUCAAGAAUAUAGGAAAUGAUCACCAACUAAGGAAGCUCCUGAUUGUUAAACAAAUUCUCUUUGUCAGCACCUUAGGAGAUGUUUAGAUAAAAGUUUGGAGAAUAUGAUAUUUUAAGGGUGGAGGGGGAGGGGGGUCUCAGGAGGGGUAGGGGAGAGGGGAGGGGGAGGUGAGAAAGUCAUAGUGGAAGAGCAUCACAGUGCUGAGUCCUAAGGUCUGAGGUCUGAUUACUAUCAGGAACUCUGCAUUUUUUCUCUUCUCUGUGUUUGUGACAAGGCUAAAAUACCUUUUUAAUUUCAUUAUCAAGCUUAAAAUUUGCCACAUUUCUUUCUCCAUUGACUCACAUAACACUUUUGACAUGGCUGGCCCCAACGACGUGGGAAAGGCAUGUAACAUGCGAACCUGAUUCAUAGCCCAGGUCAUCAUGGAAUCUCUGACUUGCUCAUUGAUUGAGCAUUGGAGUGUUGCAUACAGAUGUUUGAGAUAUGAUUCUGCAGCAUGUGAACUGAGAAUUUUUUGUCUGUCUCAUGCUCAUGACAAGGUAACAAAAAACAUGGGUAUUUGUUUAAAUGAUUAUUAGUUUGUGCUUUUUAGAUCCAAAAGACUUCUCUUCCAGAGGGACCUCUUCUUGUUACAGACAGUCAGCUUCUGAGACAACAAGGAUUAGAAUUUGAGCACUACGUCCAUUACUCAAGGUCUGUGGCAGUGCCGUAAACUUUACUUUUUAUGCAGUGACUGAUAAAACCAUUAUUUUUGGUUCUGGUUGGCAUAGCCUGUACAUAUUUUUGGACAAUUUGAAUGUCCAGAGAUACUGUAUAUGGUGUAAAAACCACUCUCCAAGCUCUGCCUGUUUUGGUCACCAUUGUGAGAAGAAAAGGACUUUGGUGUCUUCAUCUUAACCAUUAAACUCUCAGAACCGAUAGAAAUGUAACUUCUCCCUAUAAUAUCCAUAUGUAUUAUCCUACAAACAGGUAAUGAGAAAACUCCAACUUAUCAGGUAGAAAUUGUUAUCUUGAUCUCACACUAAAUUCUCAUAACUAAUUUACAAGGAAAUGUGUAACAGUAAUAAAGAGAACUUGGGAGUUAAAGGGUUAACAAACUGUACAAUUUAAUGCAUAGAUUCCACAUUGUCAUGCAUCCUUCAAUAAUAGAUCACAGAUGAUAACUAAAUUUGGUAAAGACAAAAAAUGUGGCUCACGAGGUGCAGAGUGUGUCACUGAUGUUCUGGCCACAUUGUGAUGUCUUCAGUAAUUGAUUACAUCACAGACCCACAGCAACAUGGAAUCUAUUUGUUUCAUAUGAUUACAAAAAGCAAAAUGUUUUUAAUGGUGAUAUCAUCUAUAGAUGCAUCUUUCCUCAAAAAGAUCAUAAGUAAGAACCAUUUAAAAUGUGUGUAAUUGAGCUGGUGAUGUAGACAAAGAAAAUUUAAAAUGGUGAUAGGACUGAGUAGAGUCCAUUUUAGUCUGUAAUCAUACGAGUGAUAUACAUUUAAUUGGAUGACCAGCAGUCUGAUUUGUUAAUCACAAAUAUGAUUGCAGGCAGAAUUGAAAGACGUAAAGUCCUGUUACCAAUUGAUCAAAACUAUGACAAUAUUUGAGAAAGAAACUAAACAUUAGUUAUAGGUUUUCAUAAACAAAACAACAAAAGAAAACAACAGUUAACUCAGGGAAAUGCAAGACAACAGUGCGCACACAUGACACAUUCUGUCCACUCGAGUUGAACUUGUGGCAACCGAGAACAAAUCCAGUGAGUGGCAGGGCAGAGCACUUGAACCCAGGACCACCAAAUUACGAGUCCAGCACCCUAAAUCCUCAGCCACACUGCCUCCUUUUGAAGUGAAGUGUUGUCAGAGACAGCAAACACAUUCAAUCAUUUUGGAAAGUGACGAAAAAGAAUAACAUUUUUCAAUUGAUGUUUUCCUCUGCACCUCUGUUUUGCCAGCUUAAAGUCCCUAAUAUCUAAAUAACAGUAGGUUUUAUUUUAUCUUUGAUGUUAAACAGGGAGUUGUUUGAAUGUCCUCCGGUCCUCUCAGUUCCAGGAACUGAUGGAUCAACAGGCAAACGGCAUGCUGAACUGCAGGUGAGUAUAGUUUAUUGUUGAGUAUCGUUUAUUGUUUACAAAAUUAAUACAAUCGAUUUUGAAAAAGGUUGCCUACAGAGUAGAAUUCAAACCACAGGUUGUUGAGGAAGUACAAAAGCUGUAACUGCAAUUAUCGAUGGUAUCUUUAUUUAUUUAUAUAUUUUCUUUCUAGAUCUUUGAGGAAAUGCCAGGGACAUUUCCUGGAAAAGCACUCUUCUUGCCUUGUCAGGUAAGAUGCUUGUGGUUUUUAAACACUGUACUUACAGAAUUUUUUUAUAUAUAGAAAAAAAAAUCCAUAUUGAAACAUAAGAAUAAACUAUGUUACUGGAUAACAAAACUUCAAGAGGGUUAAUUGUCACCUUUCAGCCCAUUUUCUCUCGUCUCAAAUGUGCUGUUUCACUAAACCCUGUAAACUCUGAGAGUGACUAACAUAUACAUUUAAUUUUUCUUCACAAUAUUACCCCAAAAUCAAACAUAACUGUCACAAAAAUACAUGUAUGAUUUCAAACUUAGGAAGCUCCUGGUUGUCAAAUUCUCCUUGUCAGUACCAAAGGGAAUUUCUGAAGAUUGGUAUGGAGAAUAUACAUACUGAUGUAAAGGGUGUAAGGGGUUGAAAGGAAAGUAAGUGCUUGCCUUAUCCAAGGGUCCCUACUGUCCAGCCAGCGCCCCCCUCCUUCCUCCACUCCCCCUCUAGAUAAAACUGCACCCAUAUUGAUGGGAAAAAUAGUGCAUUUCAUCUGAAGUUUUAUGUUAUUAUUUAGGGUAUGGUAGCUCAUUACUUUUAAUCUUCUCUUUUUAAUCAUUUUUCAGGAUGGCAAUGAAGAUCUGUAUGAAAAGAAUGAGCGUUCUUCAUUAUUUAGUGCACUUGUUCACAGCCACACUGAUGACCUGCAUGUGAAGCUGGAUUUACCUGACAUUCCUAGCAGUUCCAGGUAAACUAACAAAUUAUUGUGAACACUCAACAAGAACACUGGAUCAAGAUAUGAGGGAGGGGGGGUGGGAACCCAAAUGAUCCAACUUGCUCAAGUGACAGUGUAUGGUGGGGCAGGGCAUUCUUACUGCUACCCUUUAUUGGGUCCAUUCUAAAAUGAUAUCUAUGACUGAGAGAUUUUGCAUUUGUUUUUGUACAGGACUCUUCAUUCCUUAGCCCUGGAACAGAGAGAGGUUAGUUUAUUGCUUAAAAAGUUGCAACAUUACUAAACAUGUAAUUUCUGUAGAAUUUAAGCAGAUCCAAAACUUAUGCCUAUUGUAAUCCGCUAGUUGUCAAAAUUCAACCAAAUCAACCCUAUUGCGGUCUGAAAUUAACUUUGAGUAUUGUUUACUAACUGUCAAAUGGAAAAAUCUGGUGACUAGAGGUUUUGAUGUAUUAGCAAGUUUUGAUUUGUAUGAUUUUUACUUCAUAGUCAAAUACAAAAAUGAUAGUUCUAAUGCGGUUUCUUUAACAAAAUUUUUAUUUUGGGGUCAAGUACAAACUCCUUUUAAAACUUAGCCUAUUUUCACUGGAGGAUGAAACCUCCAAGACAAACUUAGGUAAAUGUAGGAUGAGAAUCCUCCUUGAAACCAAGCCUGAACUUUUUCAAAAAUAAACUUUUUGAACUUUGGGUUAGAGAAUUGGAAAGAGACUUAGUAAGUCAACUUCUGUUGGUGAAGCCCAACAUUCUUUUUGCCCACAAUAUAUUUUCAGUCACAUAGGCAACCUAGUGGUUGUAGUUCUGGAUCCUGACUAUCUGUCACCUCAAAGGUGAUGCAUCCUAAAAAAAAAAAAAAAAAAAAAAAAAAAAAUACCUCCUACAAACCAAGUCCAAGGGCCAUACUGUAAGCUAUAGACCAAGUUUUUUCUGUUUUAUGGCUCAAGGGUGAAUCAUGCAGGCCAUAAAUCAUAACUGAAAAAAAGCAAGUUUCUGUAACUUUAGGUAUGGACUCAGGAAACAAGGUUAGUAGGAUAUUUAUUAUCUCUUGGGGUUCAAAUAGAAAGGGAAAUACGGACUGAGAGAUAUAACAAUGACAAUUUUAUUUCCUCUAUUUAGAGUGCAGAUGAUGAAGGGUUUGAGUCUUUAGAGACAAGCUCUGAAUCUUCUCACACCUCAGAGCAAUCCACUCAAGAAAAUACUGAUGUCUGGUCUGCAGCUUUAACAUUGCCACCGCAAAAGUUUUAUACCUGGGAAAUGGAAGGAAAGUAAGUUUUUUCCUCAGUCUUCUUUCUAUUAUAACCUCUUAUGCCUGACUGUGAAGUUCAAUAUUCAUUAUGCAAAUGUGGCAUGUGAACCAUUUACACCACAAAAUCAGUAUGUAUAUUCUCCAAACUGUUCUUUAAACGUUUCCUAAGAUGCUGACAUGGAGAAUUUGUGGAACAAUCAAGAGUUACUGUAGUGGGUGAUUAGUUUCUUUAUUCUCCUGACCUUAAUUUUUUAUUCAGGGGUGAUAUGGUAAGGAGAAAUUAGAUGCCAGUCACUCUUAGGGGUUAAAGGGUUCACCCUAUAACUCCCAGAAGUGAUAGACAUGCACACUGUGACCCAAACUUACUCAAAUUUAGGUAUACAAGUUGUUUUCUUGAUCUAACACCAAAUUUGUGUAAUUUAUAUGGAAAUAUGCAGCAGCUAGAGGAGAGAAUUAACAGUCAGAUCUUGGGAGAGAAAGGGUUGAAUGCAUGCUAGCAGCAAUCAUUCUUAAAGUUCCUCUUUUCAUAAUGCUUUUGUUUUCCAUUUGACUCUAAAUCUGGCUAAUUGUGGGAACACUUAUCUGUAUGCUGGGGUACAGAGCUACUUGUAUCUCUAGAGGUCAAGAGGUUAGAAAUUCAAACAGUGGCAGAAUUAUUGCGUUCCAUUCUUGGGUGGGGUGCUCCUUGAGUGUGACUGGCUUCUAAUUUCACCUAACAGUAUCAACCUUGAAUCAAAUGUGAAUGUCAUGAGAAUCAUGGAAAUGAUCACCAAUUUAAGAAGCUUAUGAUUGUCUAACAAAUAACCUUAUCAUUGCCACAGGAAAAGCAAAGAGAUGAAAAAGGAAAAUACGAAAACUACUGUUAGGCUGUAAUAGCGUAUCAGUUAUCCUAUCCACUCCUCAGAGUGACUAAUGAGUAAAUUCUCCUCACAGUAACAAUUCAUAGUUAGCCAAAAAAGGUGAUGAGAAGAAAGGAAAUGAUCAUAAAGGGGAUAUCAAUUGAUUUAACCCUUUACACCCCAACAUCAGUAUGCAUAUUCUCCAUACUGUUCUCUAUACAUUUCCUAAUGUGCUGACAAGGAGAAUUUGUUUAACAAUCAUGAUCUUCAGUGAAUUAUUAUUUCCUUUCUCCUCAUGACCUUAAUGUUUGAUUCAUGGGUGAUGGUGAAAUGAGAAAUUAGAUGCUGGUCACUCUCAGGGAUUAAAGUGUUAAUGAAAAAUUCUCAGUGCUCCAAUUAUAAGAAAUGUAAAGAAGGCAGAGAUUAAAAUUACUAUUAAGAUCUUGGGACUGAAAGGGCUAAUUCUACAGAGAUCUGGAAGAGAUGCAAGUAGUGUUAGAAUUUACAUUUUUUUUUCUAAUUUUGUUUUUCAGACGGGAACUUUUAAAUGAAAAACCUUACCUUACAGAAGCUGGUGCUUCUGUGUUUGAUGCACUGUAUGAUACAGUAAUUCGUCAAGUCUCCUACAUUGUGAAGUCUCCAACUUUAAGCCCCAAUAUGGUUCCCUUACAAGCUCUGAUCAAGGAUUCCAUUAAUGUACUUAUUGGAGUUCCUUCUAGAACAUUUCAUCUUGAUAAGGUACAAUAUUUGACUCGUAAAAUAAAACAACUGUAAUUAAUUUUAGUGAUUGUGGUGUGGAUGUCAUUGUUUACUACUCACAACCUGUAUGAAAGUAAGUGAGGAUUAUUUUAGGAAAGAUGAUUCAGCUUUUUGUGUUCAGAUAUGUUGAAAUGUAAUUAUUAUAGUUAGAGUCAUUUCUUUGAUGUCUAAAACUUCCUUGACCACAAGGAAAUCCAGGUCUCUCUCACUGAAUGCCCUUCAUCUGCCUUUGCAAAGAAUGCUGGUAAAUGACAAACUGGAUUAUUUUUGGCUAAAUUUUUCAAGAUGCCUAAACUCAGAUGCAACUAUGUGAAACAAAGAAUGCCUGUAAAUGACAAACUGGAUGAUUUUUGGCUAAAUUGUUCAAGAUGCCUAAACUCAGAUGCAAUUAUGUGAAACGCAAAAAAUGUUGUAAUUUGUUUAUUUCUUGUUUGACAGGCUAUACAGUCCUUUAUUGUCAGUGAUCAGGUCCGUCUUUCUGGGACCUCACCUGAGAUGCUGCGCAACAUCUUAGCACGGCUGGCAGCGAUAGGGACAGAUUACAUCCAGCUUAACAAGUUUGCAACACAUCACCGUGGCCACUCAGCCGGUUUGGUUUUGCAGGCUUUCCUUGGAGCUCUUCAAAAUUAUUUACAAUGCUACAGAGCAACAGUGCUGUCUGUAGAAGGUUUGUAUGGAAUUGCUAUGCCUUAAAUUAUCAAUUACUAACUACAGUUGAACUUGUAUUAAGCGGUCAACUAUGGAGAAUGACAGAGUGAUUAUUAUUAAAGGUUGACCGCUAAAUACAGGUCCAACAGAUUAGGAGUAUUACUGAAAACGUGAAACAACCCAAAUUUGUGUCAUAAUUGACGCUAAAUGUACAGAAUCUUGACCGAAAAUACAACUUUGAUUUUGGGAGAGAAACAUGGAUUAAAAAUUAUGUGAAAGAUUAUUCUUUGUAUUACUUUAGUGGUCCUGCUUUCAGUGACCGUUCAGUACAGGUGGAAAACAAUGAAACUUAGUAAAGGGUGACCAUUACUGCAUAAUAGAGGUGACCACUUAAUAGAGGUGAAAAUUACAGUGUGUGAGUGGAAACAAAUCCAUGACUUUGACAACUAACGACUUAAUACUUGGUGACGGCUUAAUACAUUGCUACUUAAUACAGGUCUGACUGCAUUUAUUAAUAUAGGUAUGAAACAAAAAAUAAAGUGAGUGGGUAUGAAUGGUCAUAGCUGGGUGCAAAUGGACUGAGUAAGAAACAUCUGUGGGUACAAAAUGACUGGUAAACAAGAAAGGCUCCUGCCCCUUUUUUUUCAACCUAACAAGGUGAAGAUUUUUUUCGUCUUUGUCAUGGUGCGACAGUUUUACUUACUCAACAGCAUAGAUAAUGUUUUGGAAUCAUACCAAACAGUGAACCAAGAACACUUUCAAAAUGAGAUUAUUAGUGAGCUGCUUCUGGAAGUAGACUUCCUACCUCUGAAUGAUUAAACGGUCAAGAUGGCUUUUAGAAAUAUUGUUUUUAAUUGAUUUUACAGUUUCCUCCGUGCAAAGUCCCAUGAUGCUGUCAUUUGCAUUUGAAAAUCUAGGAAGGCAGCUAAGGUAAAUAAACUUAAGGUAGAAAAAGAUAACAAAAAUGAAGUAUUUAGUUGCUGAAAAUUGCUGAGAUAGAUCUUAUGGAGAACUUUGGAACCAGAAAAAUAAAUUUCGUACAUCGUGAGACAAACGACAAACUUAGCUUUUAUAGGAAAAUAAAUGCUUGAUCUAACAAGCUGACACCUCCAAUGAGCAAAUAUUAACUACUUCCUUCAUGUUUCGCUCUGUUUCGCUUGUGUUUCCCAUCUACUCCAGAUUUGAUAAAUAGCAUGACAAAAUUUCAAUAAGAGAAUUCUAAGUGAUUGAGCAACAGUUGUUGUUUUUUGUUCUUUCAUCCUUCUUAUUAAUUUUUGUGUUGAGCAACCUUGCUUUUACAUAGGAUGACUCAUUACGGAGUGCAGAAAAUGCAUUUAUGGAGACUGCACUUUUUAUGAAAAUAGGAAUGCCUCAUGCCCCCCCAGUAGCUUGCUCUCAUUCCUGUCUAGUCCUGAACAGUCUUGAACCUUUGUUAUCUGUUCUGAUUCAUUUUUAAAAUCCUGUCCCAUGGAGAGAAUUUGUUUCUCUUAAAUAGUAUGCGUCCUGAGCAAUGGGAUCUUAAAUAGUUAAAUAUGCGGUUCUCUGUCUUUUGUUGCAUGUUGCAGGUUUCUUGCCGAUGUCUGCAUGUGUUCGGAAGCUUUCAAGAAAGCUCCAGAAGAUCCUAAACCAAAAUUCCCCACGGUAAGUUAAUCAAUUUUGAAAACGUUUGCGCUUUAGCUUAUACAGGAACUUUUAGGUAGACAUAACUGAGUUGUAGCAGUUCCAUUUGUAAAGAAAGAUGUUUUUCGUCUUGUUUCGAGCGUGGGACAAAGGCAAAAUUUUGAGUUCCCAUGAGGAAUUUAACCUCAGACCUUCAGAUUCCGCGCUCGGAUGCUCGACCACUGAGCCACAGAGACUUUACGGCGAGCGAGGUCUAUUACGAAGUUCAUAUAUGACACGCGUCCUGCAUACUGCUAGGAUCAGCGAUGUCGGUAGCGUCAUGUUUGUAAAUAGAAUAAGAAAGAUGGGAAAAAUGAGAAAAAAGAGAAAUAUGUUCUUCGUUUUGUCACGAGCGUGGGACAAAGAGUUGUUUUUUUUUUACAUUCUUUUUUAAAGGUAUGGUACCAUUCUUGACGGCAGUUACCCUGCCCAUGUUUUGUUUCUGCUGCUUACUCCAGCCGUCUUUUUUCAAUCCAGGGCGUGAAAUUGCGCCUAAUACAGGCGCCAAUGCGACUAAAUUUUUCACUUUGGCGACCAAAUCCUGAAAGUUAGUCGCCAAAUUGGCGACUAGAACGUUUCAUCAUAACCUUACCAAGAGAUAUCGUGAAUUAAAAAGAUUUGCAAAGAUAAAUCCGCGGCAAACUUCCUUAUUAAGUUUGUUUCUAAAACGUAGCACGUACUUCUCGAUCGACAACUAGACGCCAUCUUGGAUUUAGAUGAGCCUGAAGGUUGUAUAUCAUCCAUCCUAGUGUCCGCUUUGUAGCACGUUAAAGAUCUUUUUCCCUAACUUAAUUUUGGAGGGUCUAUCUAGAACGCUGACAGCAUAAAGAAAGAUUUUGUUUUUCUUUGAAAAUGGCGACCAACUUUUUUUUGAAUUGGCUACCACUUUGAAGAAUUUAGGAGCCAAGUGGCUAUCAGAAAAAAAAAGUUAAUUUCACGCCCUGCAAUCUAUUUAAAACUAAGUUAAAAUGUAGUUACUUACAGCUGAUUAUAUUUUUGAUCUAAAUUUCACUUACGCUCAUUUUUGUAUUGAUCCAAUCCUCAGGGUGUCAGACUCUUAACAUACUUAUACCAGCUUUGCUUAGAGCACUCUAGUUCUCAGUCCUACUCCAUCCUGCUGUCUCUUCUCAAACACAGUGUGCAGCCAUACAUCAUGUAAGUUGUUAAACCUUUCACAGCCAAUAAUUAUUGGUAUGCAGUUUCUCCUAACGUUUUUGAUACAUAUUAAAACCAACAGGUUUGGAGAGGAGAAUGUUAUCAGCUUUGUCCUGAGAUCGUGAUCUAACAUCAUAUUCUCUUCAUUAUUUAGCAAAGAAUUGUGGGAUAUGGGCCUAAGAGCGAAAGGGUUUCUUGGGCUCACUGUGCCGCAAGCUGGUUUUGUAGGAAAAAGAGUAUUUGGGGUUACUGUGUCACUCAGAAGUUCAGUGUUCGGGGACUGUUGUCUGUUCGGGGACUGUUGUCUUGUUUGUCUUGAUGUGAGAGAUAGUUUAGAUGAAACAGGAUUUCUAGGUCAAUUUUUUGCUGAUUUAGAAAAGCAAGAAAAAGCUCACGGAGGAACUGGAUAUCCUGUCAUUUUGUGAUUUCAAGUAAAGCGCUUUUCGAUUGAGAGUCGUUAAACCCAAACCGAAAUAAUCCCAAAAAUGCCUUUAAAAGCCAUGAAGACUCUGAGUUAAAACAACCAAACUGCUUAAAGCGCGGGGAAACGCGGGUGCCCAAUUUGUAUUGGUUAUAGUUUGAAUCUGAUUGGUUUAGAGAGUAACGCAAGUUUUCUAGGCCAAUCACAGAGCGAAGUAAAGCAAAACCAAUGCAAUCCCGUAUAACUUUCGACACUCUAUUGAAAAAUUUUCUAACACAAGGAAGGUUAUGAAACUCAUAAUUUUGACUAGUGGAGAUUUCAAAUGAAGGAAGAGUGCUCACUGGUAACCUUUAAAAGUGCGGAAAUAGAAUCCUGAAAAUUUCGCAGAUAGGUGCGGGCAAAUUUUUCAGGUCUCUUUGUCGAAUUUCAGUUCUAAAUGACCAUCAAGUGAUUAUAAAGCUAUUCUCCGAUUCUGGAGACAAGGAAACAACAGAUCAAUUUUGUGUUGUGCUUUUUAAUUCUUGUAUUCGUCCAUCCUUUUAGAUUCAUUCAAACAUGGGUUUUUAAGGGGAUUUGCAAUGAUAUGUUUGGCGAGUUCAUGAUUGAAAUGGAUGAACAAUACUUAGCCUACAGAGGUGAGAGUAUUUUAUUCUGUUCAAGGUAGAUCUUUCUUCGCUCCUUCGCUCCUUCGCUCCUUCGUUCCUUCGUUCCCUUCGUUCCUCCGUUCCUUCGUUCCUUCGUUCUUACGCUCCUUCGUUCUUUCGUUCCUUCGUUCCUUCGUUCCUUCGUUCCUUCGUUCCUUCGUUCCUUCGUUCCUUCGUUCCUUCGUUCCUUCGUUCCUUCGUUCCUUCGUUCCUUCGUUCCUUCGUUCCUUCGUUCCUUCGUUCCUUCGUUCCUUCGUUCCUUCGUUCCUUCGUUCCUUCGUUCCUUCGUUCCUUCGUUCCGGUUUUCAAACUCAAGUUAUUUCAUUCACUUUAUUUCCUCAGAUAAACACUUUUGGACGCAAGGAUUUAUAAUGGUCGGUCGUGACAAACUUGACUGCGUGCCUCUGUUUCUGGGUGAACUUGCAGAUGACAUUUUUGUUUGUGGAAAAACAAUUAAUUUGUUAAAACUUUGCUGCCCAGGGGUGAGUGUCGUCUUAAGUUCUUCAUUUUACAACGUAUUCCUAAGAUGUAUAUUCUCCAUACUGUUCUCCAAACAUUUCCUAAGAUGCUGACAAGGAGAAUUUGUGUAACAAUCGAGAGAUUCUCUAGUUGGUGAUCAUUGCCUUUAUUCUCGUGACCUUUAUGUGAUAUUGAGGCGUUAUAUUGUAAGGAGAAUUUAAAUGUACGUCGCUAGUGGGGUCCAAUGGGUUAAACGUCGGACGCGGUUAAGGAUAUUUGAGAUACUUUUUUGAUAAGAUGUUUUUUCAUGUCAUUAAUGGUAUGUCGUUUUUUUUUUUUUUUUUUUUUUUUUUCAGCACUUUUUAUGUGAUCCAGGAAUUCCCCUUCCUAAAAUGGAGGUGACAUUUUCAAUGCAACGACUUAGUAGAAUAGAGGCGGAAUGCCAACACUACAUGAGUGAGAUACAAAGAAUGCAUCGGCAACUUCAAGAGCAACGAGAAAAUGAGGUAAACAGUAGAAAUGGUCAUAGUUUUUUUUUGGCACCUGGAUUUGGUGCAAGUGCGCGUCAAGGACGCACUUAUUGGCUGAAAAUACAAAAAAAUGUAAAACGGCACAAAGAACACGUUUUUUUGUUCACAUAUGGUUUGGGUGUCAGUCUAUUUCACUACUGAUUUAAUUCAAACCGGAGUAGAUCUGCGAAGAACUAUUUUCAGAAUGAAAGUAGCUUUUGUUAUUUUCGUUAAGUUCUUUGACGCCUUCUUUAAAACCUUAAAACGUGGAAGUAUUGGAAUCCCUUACCACAACACUGUGCAGCGCAAUAGGUCAUGGAACGAAAUAUUAGAUGGUUUUCCCCCAAUUUCAAACAAUACUAAGCGUGGAUCCUUCUACUUUUUUCUGGGAUUCUUAAACAUAGGUUGAAGGAGUCGUAGGAACUCCCAGAGUAAAAUUUUGAGGGAGAACCUUAAUUCUCCCCUGCCCCCCUCCCCCCCCAAAAAAAAAAAAAGUAAAGAAGUAUUUUGUAAGCGAUGAAGUCAUUUAUAAUAGUCUAAUUUCGAAAUGGUUCUCUCAUUUUAUCAGAGGAAAGUCAUUGAGGACGAAAGAGAACGUGAAAUUGUUGAAGAACGUGAAAGGGCUGCAAAAGCCUUAGCGGAGAUAACAGGUUGGUUUUUAUAAAGCUAGAUUUGUUCUGUACUGCGACACGAGCGUUUCUAAGCCCGUGAGAAAGUCUGAGUCCUUGGGUAAAGAGGGCUGGCGAGAAUUCGGCGAGGUGUCUGGCAUUAAUCUUUAUUAGUGCCAGACCUUCGGUAAACCUCUCGGUGACUCGUCUCUAAUCUUCCCGCGGGUGGAGAAAUGCGCAUGCAGCAGCGCUUAUAAGGGCAUCCUCCAGGCGGCCUCCCUUGAGAGGAGCUGAUGGCUAUCAACGCUUUUUUCUCAAUAGAGCUUAUUCAAAAGGCUAAAGAAGCAGUCGAGCAGAAGAAGCGAGAAGACUUAAAGAUGUUAAAAGAACAAAUGGAAGAGGCGUUUAAGGUUUGUUGACUCCGAUCAAAUUUAAAGUUUUCUUCAGGACAUCGAGUCAAUCUUGCUUGUAAUGAUAAUUAUAAGAAGUCCUUUACUGAACACGUCUAGUGUAGGAGAACAAAUAGCCUGGGAAGAGUUUCUAGAGCUUUUAGCAAAUUUUGGAAAUCUUCCGCGAAAAUACAGACUUCUCCCUGAUCUGAUUGGUGUGGCGCCAUGAAAGACAUAACUAAGGGGGGGGGUGGGGGUGAUCCCUUUAGUUGUUAAGGUGCAGAUCCCCUUCAUCUCUUGAAUUCCUUUCGUGCCAGACCCCUCGCAGACCUCGCACGCUCACUCGCUUGCUUGCUCGAAUCUCGCGGGCCAGAGUUUCGUGCCUAUUGGCUCAUCUGCCGUCGAUUACUCAUGCUGCUUUUUAUGCUAAAUCUGCACCCUCACUAAGUUAAGGUUACUAAAUCAAACGGAGCACAGGCAGUAACUUUCCAAAACUUUGUUGCCUCCAGCAUAAGGCCUUGGCGAGAGAGGAGGAGAGGGAGGAGGACAUUAAACGUUUAAAAGCAGCGAAAGACAAGGAGGUCACUACUGCAACAGUUGAAGAAGAGAUGAAGAACAAAGCAAGGUACUGAGGGUUCCAUAUCUUUUCUGUUUUCCAAAGUGUCCUCGCGGAGUAGUGUUUCUGUCGUGUCGAUUUGGAGCUAAGUGGUCGUCACUGUGAGCUCUUGUAGUGCGUGGAGUGUGCUACAGCCAGUUGGAUUACAGACGCUUUUUCUUAGCCUAUUAGAAAACAUAGUUUUGGUUUGAGCCACGUGAUUUUCCCGCGCGUGGCACCAUUCGUACUCUAUUUCUCGCCCUUGUUAUGAUCGUGGCGGUUGAUAAGAUUUCCGUGUUUGCAACUAGUUCCUAUGGUGUCAAGAUGCAAAUUGCACGAAGUCGGUUUCCUUAAGAGCUCACUAGAGUGGAGGUGAACUCUCUGAGUUCCUACAAAAUUCGAAUUUUUAAAUUUCUUUCACAGGGAAGAGCUCAUCAAGUACUAUGAGGAACUCAGCCGUGAGGUGGAGUACCGAGAGUUUCGUGCCCAAUGGCACAUCCGCCGUCGGUUACUCGACCCUGCUAGAGCCCAGUUCUUUGUGCAGGAGCAGGCUCGGUUAGACAGCUUACAGGAGCAGAUGACACAAGCGUCUGGUACCCAGACUUCUGGUGAAAUAACGGAUGAAAGCGACGAACGGCGUGAGAAACGACUCGAAGAAAAGUCUGUUUCCAAGGAAGAAAGACCUUCCACUCCAAUUUCGGCUCCGAGUCCAAGCCUUGUGUCACUUAUAGCCAGUGGCGUAAAAACAGAUGCCUUGGUUAGAGCAGGGCACACGAGCUUGGGCGAAAGCACGCAGUUCGACAGGGAGGCUGGAUCGCACUCGGAGGAAUCUGCUUCGGAAAACAGAGUCAGAAGGACUUGGGACAGCCCUGCUGAGAGUGUUGCCGAGCUUGGGAAGAUGACUGAAGCAGGUACGGGCAGAAAGACUUGGGAAGCCCCACCCGAUGGUGAGGUGAAGAUAGCAUCUUCUCUUCCCAAGAGCCAUCCUUCUGAUUCCUCCAUACAGUUUGCCAUGUAUAGCGACAAACGUAAGACCAGCGAAGAAAGCGAGACGCCAGAUUAUGGUUUACACGAUCGCAAUUUAAAAACCAGCACUCCUCACGUUGGUGAUUCAUCUUUGCAAAACGUUUUGUAUCCCACUACACCCUCAAACUCGACAUUAGGCCUGGAUGCCGAGUCUGUGACCAUGGUAACCCGGCCUUCAGAUGUGAACGUGCGUGGCCUUGUUUCGAGUCAUCCCUCGGAUUCUUCAGCCCAAGACAUAUUAUACGGCAGCAGCGCAAUGGGAGCGGCGUCUGAAGUUCGAACGCCGUCCGCACAAGGACAUCCAUCCGAUUCCACCGCCCAGCACCUUCUAAACACUAGCGGUACCCAGGAAGGAACCAUUUCUGAAGCUCGUUCUUCGGAACAUGGACACCCCAGUGACUCAUCUGUAAGCGGGUUGUUGUGCCCCGAUACUCUGGACACACCCAAUUCACAGACCCAUUCUUACUCCCAACAUGGGCACCCCUCAGAUUCCCAGGUGACUUUUUCACACGGCGACAGUGUAGCCCAAGUUAUCCAGCGCAGUUCCAGACAAAAUUGGCAACACCCUUCCGACGCCUCUAUUCAGAAGCUUUUAGGAGACAUCGAUGUUUUGGGUGACAGCCAAAAUACGACCCGUGGUACCCCUCCCUCGAGCGUGGUUCAAGAUAUUCUCUAUCCUAAACCUGAUGGACAAUCAACACCUGCUCAGGAUAUCUUGUACCCAAGAGAGGGAGAGUCAGAACAAUCAAAUAGACCGGUGCACACUCGUGGAGCCCCUCCCCAAAGUGUUAUUCAGGACAUAUUGUAUCCAAGUGGGGAGGGGGUAGUAGGAGAGGGGACAAGGUUGUCAACACGUGGCCAGGAGCCUGCUGGGAAGAUAAAGAAUAUUUUGUAUUACGUUAAAGAGAAAGAAGGUGAGUCAGAAACGAUCUUGUGACCAAUUUUUCGUUUCGUCUUUGAGGAAUAUCUCAGCUUUGUAAGGGAAAAUGUGAGAUGUAUUUCUAUCAAAGCUGUUAGAGUGGAAUUUUCUCACCUUUCUCUUUGACAUUUUCUUAUUUCUUAGCGAACGAUCCCGAAUUGUGUCAUUUACAUGUGUGUAGGUACACUGGUGAAAAUCUGAAAUCUGAUCUAAACAAUGUUUCCCCUUACAUGACUACCCUCUUGCAUGAAUACUUUCUUACUACCAGCUUGUUAUUCCCACAAUCUUUAUCAAUUAUCGCGAGCUUUAGUCAAAGUCCUUUUGCGCCACUGAUUAUUUUUUAGGUUUAAUUAAGAAUUUGACCAUUUCAUGGGACAAUUUGGUACUGCUUACCGUUUCUGUCGCUUUGUGUGUGUUCCCUAAUGAUUUCAUUUUAGUCAACCAGAAACAUUCCGUACUUGUUUCGUGAACUUUGGAAGGUUUUGAAGGCAAAUGUUGAAAUCGUCGUUGCCAGCGCGCGAAAUUCGCAUAUAACCAAGUGUGGGAGAUGUGAAGGGAAAAAAAUGUGGCCUUUUUUCUGAGCCUACAUCAACUUUGUUUUGGUAGGGGAAACCUUACAGCCACAAUCAAGGCAGUUGGAGUUUGAGGAUGUUUGGCUAGCUUCUCAAGUGGAGCCUCUUCAGGACAACUUUGAUGUGUUGGGUAGGUGCAGCGACGAGAUUUCAGUAGGGAAAGUUUCAAAAGAAACUCUGGUGCCGUGUCGUUAGGGGGAGGGGAGGGAGGGUUGAACAAACUAAUUGGUUAUUGUGUUAAUUGGCCACCGUAAGAGAGGUUCUAAAACCGACGUUUCGAGCGUUAGCCCUUCGUCAGAGCCAAAGGACGAUGGACGCUCGAAAAGUCAGCUUGAGAAGAAACUCUUUACGGUAGCCAAUUUACAUUAUCAACAGAAUUGAUAAAACAAAAUUGUGUUGUUAUACUCCCCCACCGACGCAGCACCACAGUUUCUUUAGAAACUUACCCCCUUUAUUCGUGUCUAGGAAAGUUGCUUCUUGUGAGUUCAUUUCUGUUUUAAUUUGAAAUCUUUAAUUUUUAGAUCAAAAGCCGUUAUCAAAUCUCCUGCGAGGCGCCAUGGGCACAUUUCCAGUAUCGCAAGGUACAGUAUUAAGCAUCGAACUGGAUUGUUCAGAUUUUGUCUUCGUCGUAUUUAGAAAGAUCUGGAUUAUGAGAUUAAGACAUUUCAAAGCAAGAGAUGCCUCUUCUUGGCUUGAGAGAUCGUUUUGAUACCUGCACUCCCAGGCACAUUCCUUGGGGAAUCCUUUGCCUAUCCUCCCCCUUUCAAUGUUGUUCUGCAAGUUGGCACAGAAACAUUGGCAAUUGACGACAUUGGAAGGGAGAGAGGGGUGAAAAAAUGCCAUGGGAGUAGUUCUGGAUAAGUGUCCCAACUAAUUAUGUCUAGGAUUGUGGCUAUUCCCUAUCUGAACAAAUAAACAAACAAAUCUUUUUUUAUUGCUCACUUAAGAGAUGUUGCAGUGAAAUGAGAAAAUCAUUCACACGCAAUUUUUAACCAAGGUGUCUUAUACAAGCUGCAAACAACAACACAAGGUAGUAAGUCAUGGUGUCUGAAAAGUGUAUAACUUUUUUAUUCAAGUAAAAGCUGAAAACAAAAUUGAUAAAUCAACAGGAUAUCAGUACUCGAAUAGGCCUUGUGUUCUAAAAGUGUUGUGUUUUCCUUUUCCUUGCUUUUGUUUCCUUUUGCAGAUUUCUAUGAACGUUCUUUCGCUUAUUUUGCGAGACAGCACUUGUUUCUUAUCUUUUCCUUUGAACUUUUGCGCGGGAAAUUGGGGCCGGCCAGAAUUUAUCUCCUCGCGCAUGUCCUACGUUUGACCGCUGUGUUGAAAUAACUAUACACCUAGUUGCUUGUUGCUUCGGAAACCGCGAUAGGUUCCGGCAGUAUUUGACCAUUACGCUGGUGAGACGUGAACCUCCUUCCUCCUUAUUAAUGGUAUCUCGAAUUUCUAGUGACUCAGAAAUCUAAACCUGAAAGUAUAAAAGUCAGGGAAUAUUUUUGUUCUGUUUGCAGGCUCAGAUGCUGAUGAGAAUGGCACGGAUGGAGCGCGUCUGAUGUCACUUCCGGUUUUACUUCAGCGAUCUGUCAUGGCGCCUCUUAUAACCCAGUAAGUUGUUCGUUAGUUUCUAUUUGUUACUUUCAAGACCCUGUUUCCAUGGAAAAGAUCUUCAUUGGGAUUGAUACUUUGUCAUUCUCUGAAAAGAAAUUUAAAAUCCCAGUGUAUUUAAUGAGCUGAAGUACGCGCGCAUUUCGAUUGCAUUUCAUGAUCUGUUGGAGGACCGACGCAUAGAUGGCGACUCCAUUAACAUUUACACCAUUUUGCUUCUUUUUGAUAUAUAACGAAUAGAUUCUGUUAUGCAUUAGGUCUGUUUAAUAAUAGAACACAGAAGACAGCAAAACCUGGCCUGAACUUCAGUGAGACGUUCGGCUGCGCCUUGUGUGCCACUUUUUUUUUAUCUUACCACACUUUGACGCUCGACAACGUGGAAUCUAUCAGUUAGAUUUGUCGUCGUAUCUCAUUUCUCCUGCUCUGUGUAUAACAACGUAUUUUCCUUUCUUACUUUCAAGGAUAUCCUUGGUAAAUUCUGCUAUCGUGGCGUAUUUUAUCCAAGACUUGCACAUCAACAGACACUUUGAUCUGUUCAAGAAGCUGCUGUUCAUGGAGGACGGUGAAUUUUCUCUCUCACUUUCCAACCAGCUGUUUGAAAAGGUACUUUUUUGUCCUCUUUUUCCAUUCGGGAAAGAAAUAAGCCUGGUCUCAUAAUCUUCCCUCUUCAAAUACUUAAUGAUUGGCGUUUUAGCUGGUCAUGCAAUCCUCAUCUCUAAGGCUGUGACAACCUCAGAGCUGCAAUUUAUUAUGCAAUGUUUUUUUUUUUUUGUAACAGCUUGCCUCAGGGGUGUCCCCAUGGGAGAUGUGUUCUGCCACAGUGAUGAACUCCAUCGUAGGGAAGGCCCUUCAAGUCUCCAUUUACUCUGAUACCACGGAGCAUGCGCAGAACCUCGCCUUUGCUCUUAAAAACAUGCCUGAGAUAUUUAAACCGAACGGUAUGUCUAUUCCGUUCCAUUUUAGUGUUUUCAAUUCUUAACCAUUCCUGUUCUUUUAGAGUUAAGUUUAACCUUAGUUAGUUUUUGUCCAGCCCUGCCAACUGUCACUUAAAGCAGGGUUCUCAAUAAAAGCAAGUUACUGUCGGUUUACCGCCGGCUGUAAGAUCGCGGACCACUUUCUGUUUAACGUGCGUGCAGGCUGUAGUAUUUGGUUACACCACCUGCAGCUGCUUAUGGAAAGAGUUAUUAAAACUACUGCUGUAAAGUUUCGUUCGGAUUCCGGAUUUAGAGCAAAUUUCCUCUGCUCGAAAAAUGCCUAAAUCGUCAUAAUGUUUCCUAUCUAAUGAUUUCAGAAUACAUAUAAAUACUUUAAUGGUGCAAGUUUCAUGUGAGUGGCCAAGGAAGACUGGAACUCCAACCGUACAAGGUGUGAUUGGUCCAAAAAGUUCGUGUCACCUUCGACCAAUCAAAUGCAAAACCAAAACCAACCGGAAUUUGCACCUUCUUUUUUCCCGCGCUCCAGGCAGUUGACGUGCUUUUUCUCUAACUUUUCACCGAAUCUUUGUGAUACUUCCUUUUGCCCUGAUUGGCUGAUAGAUUUCUAUGAAUUUGGUUCCAGGCUCUUGACCGAAAUACGCUCAGUACUUACAAUCUUAAUUUUUUUAUGUUCUUAUGUAAUAAUGUUUUAUCCGAUCUUUUUUAACUAGAAAUGGGGACCCUGGAUUUUCUAGAGUUGCGGUACAGAGUGAGUAGUCCAAGAAAAAACAUCACCUUGCUGUUGUAAAUCUUGUUCAAGUUGUCCACUACAUUUUUUUUCUUCGUUUGUUUUCAUUUCAACUCAUCUCAUCUCAUCAGGUCGAUUGGCCCCUCAAUAUAGUCAUUACGGAAAAGUCUGUCGUGAAAUACAACAAGGUAAGAAAUCAUGUUUGGAUUUAUUUGAAAGAAAUAAAUUCUCUUAGGGCAAAGUAGUCCAAAGCUAAAUUUGAAUGUUCUGACAGAACAGACCGUUUCCACGGAAACUACCUUAAUCUGUGUAUUUUUGGUAGCGAAAGCCGGCAAAUUCAAAAUGAAAAAGUUUGGUCUGAGUGUCAUAUGAUAAAAUACUUACUAAAUGAACUUGGAGUUGUUUUGAACAUAGGUGCGUGCUGUUAGAGGUGUCAAACUAAACCCUAAACUUUCUUUCAGGUAUUCUCUUUUAUGUUGCGGCUAAAACGUCUUUCGUGGGUCCUGCGGGAUAUUUGGUUUCAUUUGAAGCACGUUGGUAAGCUUAAAAAAAGUAAAUUUUCGUUUUUAAGUGGCAGACAGCUAGCGCCAGCUUUUGUUUUUCAAAGAGACGCUCGGGCAAAUGAAACACUUGUAAAGCAAUUUUUUAAAAUCAAACCACAAGUUGUGUGAAGGAGUUUCCGCUAAAAACCUAGCCUGAGCAUGCUCUCAUUAUUUGUAGUUCAAGUCGCCCGCUUCUCCACCGGCGGGAAGAUUUGAGACGUGAGAGUUUUAUGGGGGUCUGGCACCAAUAAUCGGUGCUAGACCCCUCGCCGGCUCGCGUCUCGUAAGGCCUCACACUUAACCGCAGUUGAUAUGUCUCUAACUCUUUCAAGUGAUUAGAAUGUAUCUUCUCCAUACCAUGGCAAUGCUAUACCGAGCAAACAGGUUAUGAGAAAAAACACCUCUAAAACUUAGUAAAUGUUACUUUGAUGUAACAACAAAUUCUUUGCACUAAUUUAAAACAAAUGUAAAUUAUACGCAACGGAAAAUUUGUUUUCAGAUCAUGAUACUUUAAAAGGUCAAUGGGCAUUGUUAAAUUUUCUUGCUGACGACGAAUGUUCUUGUGUUACAGCCUACUCACGCAAUGUAGCCGGUUCGCCCCAACUUCGUCAGCUGCAGCUCUUCAGGUAAUUUAUAAGAACAUCUCUCAGCCUUCUGUUGCAUGUUUCUAUGACGAAGUUUACCACUGAAAACGUUGUCGAAAACAACAGAUCUUUUUUUCGUGCGCUCUUCAGAGUGAAUGUAUUUUAUACCGUUUUGUAGUGUUCGUGAUGAAAGCGGAAUACAUAUUUCGUUUGAGUGGUGAUGUCCUGGUGUUUCUCUUGUUUGACCCGUUGCAGCGCGCGCAAUCUAGCUGUGCGUGUCACCAAAGUCGCUCUACUAUCUAUGAUGGUCCUUUGCAGGCUCGCUCACUGCUGUUAAAUUCACUUCCACACUAUAACAGGACUGUCUGGGAACCUCGUGAAAGGGUAAUAAAGUGAAGUCUGCUCACUAGUCAAGUUACCCAUCCUGCCUACCUUACCUUGGUUCAAAUAGCAUGAAGCGAUAAGAAGUACCGCUAUUUCUCUUAGACUGAAUUAGUGUGUCGUUAAUUACAUCCUCUCUUCCUCUCUCUCUUGCCCGCCUUUUACUUUCCGGCGGGCAAGGAAACGCCCGCGCCGAAGCGAUUAGCUUGCUCACAAGCCAAUGACUUUCUCCAUGUUAGUUUUAGGCAUCCAGAGGUCGGCUGUUUUGGUAAAUUGAAGUGUUUCACAUUUUUUUACGAUGCUGUCAUCAUGUCUUUGUUGUUUCUUUUUUCAGGCACGAAAUGCAACACUUUGUGCAUAAUCUUGAAGGAUACUUGUCAAAUCAAAUUCUAAACGUUACCUGGUCAGAGUUUCAAGAAGGUCUUCUAAAUGUAGGUGACUUGGGGAUGAUUUAGCUGCAUUACACUUUAUAAAAUAAGCUGAAUUAUAUGGGGGUUGUGAUUGGUAAAACGUUCGCCUUUUCACGGCCAUUCAUUAUAUUUUUUUCAGGAAAGAGAUUGCAUAGUUUAGAACGUGUACCAAACGUUAGUUUGGUAAACGUUUGAAAGGGCAAAAAGCGGUCUUCUUUUGCCAAAAAGAAAAUUCAGCUUUGUCGGUGCACACAUGCCUAACCAACCAUACAAUUAGAAGGAAUAAGUCUAAAAUUAGCACCACUAAUCGACGUUACCACCAGCGCCUUUGUUGGGAAGCCUGGCAUAUCAACUCCGCCCACGCUCCUUCAAAUCGUGACGAUGGCGACUUACUACCUGACCCUAUUUACACCUCGUCAGAAAAAAAGAACAGCUAAUUAGUGAGCAUAUAAAAGGACCUCUUGUUGCAACGAUUAGAUCACCCCUGAUGAGGGCACCAGACAAAAGUGUCGAAACGUUGGGUCUAUGAAUUGUAACUUCUCGGUUACAUUAAUUAAAUCGUGAAAUCAGAGUAGCAUUAGCUAUGUCUGAUUUUCCGCCUGGUUGCUUUGUGGACUUCAAUAUAACUAAUUCUUGAUUUUCUUUAUCCAGGUAAGAAGCUUGGACGACUUGCACAACCAACACACUGACUACCUCCGAAAAGCCAUUUUCCGUUCCCUGCUCAGUCGAAAGGCAGCGCCUGUGAUGACCAUCAUUAGUGACCUGGGCACGCUUAUACUCAAACUGCGCACGCAGCUUUUGGCGUCCCCAUGGCAACAAGACCCUGGUACAGGGCACGUGACUCAUCCUGCUUAUGACAUCAUGUGUAAUACUCAUAAAGUAUUCAAAGAAUACUCUACCUUUCUCUUCACAGGUGAGAUGUUUCGGAAAAUGAUUUUUUUUGUUAGUGUUUCUUCGUAUACAGUAUUUUGGGACUGGAGAAUGUGGUGGGUGUAACAGGGGUCUGUUGAAUAUCUUUAAUUGCGGAGCUAGAAAAACAAUUUUUUUUUUCCGCGCCCUAGUCAUAUACGUUUCUCCGCGCUUCAGGCAAUUGCCUUGUUUUUCAUCUCAAUUCUCAUUGGCUCGUUGUUAUAGUUUCCAUGUCUCUGAUUGGACGUUGUGAUGGUUUCUGUGUUAGUUUCAUAACACGUAAGAGAAAAGCACUCUCAUGAUUUUUUUUUUCUUUUGGCCAUCUGCGAAUCAGCGGUGGGUUCUUACUGCUGCACAAAAAGGGUGCAAUCGGCGUGCUGUGCUCUCUGAAUAAAGGUGUUCUCCUUAUUUUAAGCAGAACAGGAAAAAUAAAUUUUCAAACUGAUAGAGCAAUCCUUUACCUGUUGAAUCUUCAAGAAUUCCAAGCGAUUUUACGCACCAAUAAGAGAUACUACGGGCGGAAAGUUUUACCGGUUAUCGCCUUAAAGGAGAACACCAUUAUUCAGAAAAACCGCUUGAUUUAAAUCAACGCUAAUAUUUUUCUAAUUUUUUUUUCAGUGGUCAGUAAACUUGUUCGCAGAGGUUAUCAAUCGCACUUGGCCGACUUUCUGCUAAGAAUCAACUUUAACAACUUCUACAAUGUGGAAUGA